UAAGUGCAAAAGAAAACUUUCUCUAAUAUCUGAUUGAGACUUGAAAAUAGUCCAAAAAAACAUCCUUCGUCGUUGUUCGACUCAUCGGCUUAGUCUUCCAAAGCUCUAGGAUCUGAUCAAAAGAGAAGUCUAAAGAGCCUUAACCACUUCAAAUCUGUGUGAUUGUGAUUUAAGUUGAAAAUAAUGAUAUCCCAUACGCUUCAUUGCUCAAAUGUUCAGGUCAUUUACACGCGUUUUUUCUUUGCUCUUUUAUCAAUUAAUUUAUUGAGUUGUUCCCGAUUUUAAGUGAAAAGUUUUGAUUGUUACCUGAUUUCAUAUUUCCAAGAUUGAGUAUUUUGUAUCGAGAAAAUUACCGGUUGAUGAAAUUCAACAAGUAAGAUGUGUUUUUGUAGUUAUUACUAUUGCUAUAUCAGUUCGCUUCUGUGAUUCAAUGAAAUUAUAGCUUCUAUUUCCUUCGUCUUACAUCCAAACAAUGGAAUUUCGCGUCUCAUUGCAUUAGACUGACUUUGUUAUUAUCUGAAUGUUAUUUACGGGGUUACAAAUUUCAGUCAUUCUAACUCUAUUGUUUAAUGACUUUAAUCUCAAAACCGAUUUCUUUUGCACUAAUUGAUGAAAGAAAAUCUUAUAUUUUAAAGUCCUACGGGUUUGAAUGGAUUUCGUGUUUAAAGCUGGAUUAUUUUCCACUGAGGAAUUAACCAAUUGAUGAAGAGCUACUAUAUCCAAAAGUUGGAGGGGCAGUCUUUCAUGAAAUAAAAGCUUCAAUUAAGUUUGUUUUUUGUUGUUCUGUACUUCUGUGUUUGGACUAAGGCUAUGAUGUUGUUGUUGUGUUUGGACUAUUUAUCAUCAAUAGAAAAUUUUGCUAGUAGUUCUAACUUAUAUGUGAUAUAGUAUUUCCAGGGAAAGAAAGUGAAGCUGGGAGAUGAUCCAAAUAAUGAAUCAGUAGCACCUAACAUUUUGAAGGAAGCCAAUAAUGACAUAUUAUUGGAGAUAUUUCUUCGUCUUCGCAAUUGUCGAUCUGCUAUCCUAUGUGGGGUCGUCUCUCCCCGUUGGCAUUCUUUGAUAUCUCACUGUCACUUCAUUCGAAGAUUCAUUGCCCAACAUCAGGAGCUCCCGGACCGCUAUCCGUUGCCCUACACCAUCAUAUUUCAUAAAGCUGAGAAAAAUAACUCGUUGGUGCCCCCAUAUUUUAAUCCCAUUUGCAGGUUAUUAUCUAAAGAGUCAAAUUUUCUCCAUCACCAUGAAGAGGCGGCUGCAACAUGCAGUAGUAGUAGUUCCUAUUUGGACUUCUUGCCUUCACCAGUGACAAUAAGAGCAUCAUGUAAUGACUUGUUGCUUGUGUCCCCUGGUCCACGUUGUUCGGAUGUUCUCUAUGUUUGCAAUCCAACCACGAAAGAAUUUUAUCAGCUACCUAAGGACCACAAAAUAUUUGAUCAUUCCAAUGUUGGGCAUGCACUAGUAAUUGGUAAUAGCGAAAAACAAUCUAACCACCACUUCAAGGUAGUAAUAUUCCGUCAUCCCCACCCUUAUUCAGAACACCCUGAUACCCUCCAGACUAUGGCAGUAUUUUGUUCAAAGUCUGGAAAGUGGAAGAAAAGAAACACUUUGUAUCCUACACCAAUGGUGCCAUGUUUCUGCUCUGCUCUAGAUGUGGUGACAUGCAAUGAAAUUUUUUUUUGGCUGGAGUGCACACAGGAUGUGAACAGAGUUAUUUCAUCAGAUUUGCGGGAAAGACGAUGUGGUAUCAUCGACUUCCCUAACGAUUUUUGGUGGUUUAGAUUGCAGCAAAAUUCAUCUGUCCGUCGUGUCAAACAACAAAUUGGAGCAGUGGAUGGAGAGUUGAGGUUAUUACAAGUUGUGCUGUUGACAUGCACAAACAAGAAAAAAGUGACUGUUAAUUUGAAGGUUUGGAAAUUGAGUUCUUCAUGGGUUUUGGUUCACGAUAAGAGGUACCCGAAAAGGCCGAACCAUGAGAAGCUGUUAGUUGCGCCUCCAUUUCUUCAUCCAACCAAUGGCGAUGUGGUUUUUGUGGUAUGGGGUAAAAGUAUUUUUCAGUAUAGUCUUAUGGAGGAUGUGUGUGAAUUGAUUCAUGAGCUUCAAGAGCCCGUAAACUUAAAAACAACAAGGGUGAUAUCAUUUCCUCUUGUCCAUCCAAUUUGGCCAACAAAGCUUCCUUCUAUGAUGUCUUUCUCAUAUUAGUAUUGCUUGAGUUUCAACCAUCAUAUUUAUCAUUGUUAGUAUGGAUAGAAACCUGAUUCUUCCGUUACUGCAGGAUGGAUAAUGCUUAACAAUGAAACUAAUUUUUAAAGGUGAUUUUGUGCUCAUUCAAAUUAUUGCAUUUUUCUUACCCAAACAAACAUAUUUUUUGUGAGUGGUUUUCGAUCUGAUCUUAACCCAUGGUUUUGAUGUCUAUAUGUAUGCACAUUGUACUCUAAUAGAAUGGUGUAAAUGUCCACGAGUUUGUCUUG